AUCUCAUUUUCAUGGGAUGAGUGUCAAGUAUCGCGAUAGAUAGUGUUUUAAGAGAGUAGCUUCAUGUCUUCAUUUCAUCUUUAUCCUCCUCAGUAGCAGUAGCAGGCGCUUCUAGACGCACUGCAGAGGGCGAUGAAGUGGCUGGAUGAGUGCGCAAAGUAGCAGUGGAAGUUUGGAGGGGGCGCCAUCUUAGCUCCAGCAGCAGCAGCAGCGGCUCCCCCGGCGCCGUAUUCUCAAGCACCGCGCGCCGCUCGCAUCAGCCAAAGAAGGUGCUAUGGAGGAGCUGCACAGUUUGGACCCGCGCCGGCAGGAGUUGCUGGAGGCCAGAUUUCUGGGCGGAGUCAGUGGCAACACAGCGGGCAGCACUGGCAGCGCUAGCGGAGGAACCAAAACCUUGACAAACAACGAAUGUUCCAAUCACAGUUUUGGUAGCUUGGGCUCCUCCAGUGAUAAAGAGUCAGAGGGAUCAGAUGGGAAAAGAGGAAGUUCUCCUGCGUAUUCAACUCCUGAAAAGAAGCACUCUGAAUCAUCACGGGGCAGGAAGAGGAAAGCUGACAACCAAUCAGAGAGCAGUCAGGGGAAGUCUGUCAUUCGGGGACCCAAAAUUAGUGAUUAUUUUGAUUUUCAGGGUGGUAAUGGGUCCAGUCCAGUAAGAGGUCUACCACCAGUCAUCCGUUCACCCCAGAACUCACAUUCCCACUCUGCACCAGGAUCCAGCACCCGGCAGAGCAGCUCAUCUCCCACUAGUCUGUGUUUUGUGGACUCUAUGAUUUCUUCUAGACAGAUGGCGGUCAAGAGUGUUCAGACUGACCUGACUGUGGUAAAACUGGCCACUAUAGAGAGCAAUAAGAACCUGGACCUGGAGAAGAAAGAGGGCAGGAUAGACGAUCUUCUGCGGGCAAACUGUGAUCUUAGGAGACAAAUUGAUGAGCAGCAAAAGCUUCUAGAAAAGUACAAAGAACGUUUAAACAAGUGCAUCACUAUGAGCAAAAAACUUCUGAUUGAGAAGAGCACACAGGAGAAGCAGGCGUGUCGGGAGAAGAGCAUGCAGGAUCGACUGCGUUUGGGUCAUUUCACCACUGUGAGACACGGAGCCUCGUUUACAGAGCAGUGGACAGACGGCUACGCCUUCCAGAACCUCGUCAAACAGCAGGAAUGGAUCAUUCAACAACGUGAAGAAAUUGAGAGACAGAGGAAACUGUUAGCUAAGAGAAAACCACCAUCAGCCAGCAGCUCACAGUCGCCUAGCACCAACUCUGAGCCUAAACAACGCAAGACCAAGGCUGUGAACGGCUCAGAGAAUGACCCUUUCCUAAAACCCAGCCUUCCUCAGCUGCUAACUUUAGCUGAGUACCAUGAGCAGGAGGAGAUCUUCAAACUGAGACUCGGCCAUCUCAAAAAGGAGGAGGCAGAGAUUCAGGCAGAGCUGGAGAGGUUGGAGAGGGUGCGAAAUCUUCACAUCCGAGAGUUGAAAAGAAUAAACAAUGAAGACAGUUCACAAUUCAAGGACCAUCCCACCCUGAAUGAGCGCUACCUGCUGUUACAUCUGCUGGGCAGGGGUGGCUUCAGUGAGGUCUACAAGGCGUUUGACUUAAUUGAGCAACGCUACGCUGCUGUGAAGAUUCAUCAGCUCAACAAAAACUGGAGAGAGGAGAAGAAAGAAAAUUACCACAAACACGCCUGUCGGGAAUACCGAAUACAUAAACAGUUGGAUCAUCCCAGAAUAGUUAAACUGUACGAUUACUUUUCACUGGACACAGACACGUUUUGUACGGUUUUGGAAUACUGUGAAGGAAAUGAUCUGGAUUUCUACUUGAAACAGCACAAGCUGAUGUCUGAGAAAGAAGCUCGCUCUAUCGUCAUGCAGAUUGUUAAUGCUUUACGAUACCUGAACGAGAUCAAGCCACCCAUAAUACACUAUGACCUCAAACCCGGGAAUAUUUUACUGGUAGAUGGAACUGCAUGCGGAGAGAUAAAGAUCACAGAUUUUGGACUGUCUAAAAUCAUGGACGAUGACAACUAUGGAGUAGAUGGAAUGGACUUGACAUCACAAGGGGCAGGCACUUACUGGUACUUACCCCCUGAGUGUUUUGUGGUGGGUAAAGAGCCUCCAAAGAUCUCCAAUAAGGUGGACGUCUGGUCUGUCGGUGUCAUAUUUUUCCAGUGCCUCUAUGGAAGAAAGCCAUUUGGCCAUAACCAGUCCCAGCAGGACAUCCUACAGGAAAACACCAUCCUGAAAGCCACAGAGGUUCAGUUCCCUUCCAAACCCGUUGCCAGCAAUGAGGCCAAGGCAUUCAUCCGCCGGUGUCUAGCCUACAGGAAGGAGGACCGGUUUGAUGUGCACCAGCUGGGAAGUGACUCCUACCUGCUGCCUCACAUCAGACGGGCCAGUUCGUCAGGGGCCCUGGCACCAAACUCCACCUCCUAUUGACAGCUUGCACUGAACACUGACUGACAGCCCGGCUGGCCAGCGUCUGAUCUCCUUCCCUAGAGCAGGGCGGGACCACAAGGAAAAGAAGCUGGCUUCCUCAACUCGAGGAAGUUUGUGUUGAAUUAUUGUGCUUUUGCAGCAUUGAGAUUUGGGUUUACUGAGAAAAGUGUUUGGAAAGAGAAUGAAGAAAAAUAAAGCAUGAAUAUUUAGACACCCAGAGAAUGUCGCGAUUAAAGUCAUUGAAGAAAAAUAAUGCCUUCUGAAGACUCAAUAGGGCACUGCUACUGUUAAGUACUUUGAAAUGCGACUGUUGUCAUUUGGUGUUUCACAUGGUUGCCUCCACGUUCAAAGAGGAGAGAGACCUGGCAAACCACUAUCAAUUCCCACGGUCUCAGCUGGGUUUCCAUAAAUUAAGGAUUUCUUUGAAGAGCCUCCGUUCAGAGUUACUGUAACAGGCCUGCAAAGGUUUCAUUCUUCACUCUGUAGUAAUGUAAUGUGGUACAGACAACAGUGUUAGCUUUCCUCGCUUUGUUCAGCUAGCUACGAGAAUGUAAUUCUAGCAUACAGAGUGGCUACUGGCACACUAGGCCCAGGCAGCAUACUAAU